CAUGGAAAAUGAAGUUUUUAGGCUAUUUGGAGUUGGUUCCUGUCUCCUGAACUGAUGCAUCAUGGAAAAUCCAGCUCGGGCGGGAAGCUCUGAAGCUGCUGAUUCUCAAGCCGAGCAAGCCAACGAAUCGUCAUCGAGCAUGGGGCCCACUACGUCUUCUGCUCCUCCGCCUGUGGACGAUCCAGAUGAUCAUCAUAUGUGCCGGGUAUGUCGUGGUGAUGAUGGUCAUCUAUACUACCCAUGUCUUUGUACCGGAAGUAUAAAAUAUGUUCAUCAGGAGUGCCUCACGGAGUGGUUGAAAUAUAGUAAAAAGGAAGUUUGUGAGCUAUGCAAUUACAAAUAUUCCUUUCAACCCAUCUAUCGACAAGACAUGCCGAAAGCACUUCCGUUAGCGGAAAUUCUCAAAGGGGUCGCUGUAAAUGUUGCUAGAAUGUUGCGAACAUGGCUGGUGUAUACUAUGGUACUCGUUUCCUGGCUGGGAGUCGUGCCGCUAACGGCUGCAAGAAUUUAUCACGCAGUAUUCUAUCUUUCCAUUCAAGAAAUAUUAGUUCUGCCUAUCAGUAUAUUUCGCACAGAGCAUGUAUUUCCUGAUAUUUUCAAGGGUUGUUUCCUUCUCAUCAUCUUUAUCUGUACUUUUAUUUCGCUAGUCUGGUUACGAGAACAGAUCAUCCACGGAGGCCCGCACGACUUCCUCAAUAUCGAACGAGGAGAAGAUCCGAAUCGAAAUGUUAUCGAUGGCGAACGUCCUCCCAAUGAAGAGGAGAUAGCGUUGGCUAACAACAACAACGAACAGGACGAUGGAGAUGUGGGCGACAACGAAGAUGAGGAAGAUGAAGAAGAGGAGCUACCUGAAGAAGGAGAGGCUCAGGCAGAGGCAGAGCAUGUACUCGAUGAUGUGGGAGAUCAUCAAGAGUUUGUGCGGGACAACCCACUCCCAAGAGCCGCAGAACAACCUGGCCCAGAUAUUCCACCUGCUGAAGACAACUGGAGAGAUCUGGAUAGAUUGGGAGAUGAGUUGACUUGGCAGAGGUUAUUGGGUUUGGACGGCUCCCUUGUCUUCCUGGAGCGCGUAGUUUGGGUAAUCUCUCUGGACACGCUUUUCACUAUAAUGUUUGCAUAUGCACCUUAUAAACUUGGGUUCUAUAUCCUGAGCAAGUUUGGGGUCAUGCAGUCCAUCCACUAUUUCCCUUCAAUAGCUGCAAUAUUGACGGGAUAUGUUGCUGUCACUGCAAUUAUUUAUUUUCUGCACUACGUCGUUGGUGUUCUACGACUAGCAAGCGUUUAUCGCAUAUUGGGUAUCUGUUUUCUUGUUCUAAAAGUGUUUUUGUUGGUUCUCAUCGAAAUAGGCUUCUUUCCAAUUAUUUGCGGCUGUUGGAUGGAUUUGUGCUCGCUGAAACUAUUCUCUGCCUCACUUUCAUCUCGUGCAUCUUCGUUCGCAGCCUCACCUACUUCUUCAGUAUUUAUACACUGGAUGAUUGGCAUGGUUUAUGUAUUUUAUUUUGCCUCUUUUGUUCUACUUUUGCGCGAGGUCUUGCGUCCUGGAGUUCUGUGGUUUAUGCGAAACCUGAAUGAUCCUGAGUUCAAUCCCAUUCAAGAGAUGAUAGAAUUGCCUGUCACUCGUCAUCUCCGGCGGCUCGUGGCUUCUACAUCUCUGUGCUUUACGACAAUCUUUCUCAUCGUCUAUCUUCCUCUGGUCAUUGUGCAGAAACUUUACUCGUCCCUCUUACCAUACAACAUGAGCCUUUCGGCUGACACUCCACUUAGUGAACUUUCGCUGGAGCUUCUGAUUUUGCAGGUGGUUCUACCUGCUUUACUGGAACAAACGCAAGCACGAUUCUUGCUCAAAACUAUCGUGAUGUGGUGGUGCGUGCAUGUCGGAGGUGCUCUCAGUCUGGAUAGGUAUCUUCUGCCUGAUCUACCUAAUCCAGAACACCAGCAAGAUGGUGCAGGAGCACAAGGUGCGGGUGGACUGGCUGCUGAACACCAGGCGUUGCUGCUUCUUCGUGAACCACAGGCUUUCCAGCCCUACAUUCGCCCUCGAUUCUUCCCUCUCCGAGUUCUAUUACUCCUUGCGACUAUGGCAGCCACAUGCUGUUUUGCAAGCUGCUUACUUUUCCUUGUACCAGUGGUUGUUGGAAGAGCGAUCAUUCACAAUCUGACUGGAUACUCUAAUGUACACGAGCUUUACACUGUUGGAACGGGCUUAUAUGUAUGCUGGAUGUCUGUGAAAAUGGGUUUACUCACGUUGCAUUGGUUCCACCUCGGUCUAAAUCAUUUGAGAGAAGCCUUUGUCAACUCUAUUUAUCUGACACUUCGGUUGCUAGUCAUUUGCAUACCUGUCGUUUUUGUGAUUCCGAUGCUUAUGGGUACAUACUUUCAACUUGUGGUCAUCACACCCUUGAGGCUUUCUUACCAACAGACAGCGCUGGUCUUUUUGUGGCAAGACUGGGCUAUGGGUGUAUUGCAUAUGAAAAUUGCUUGCGGAGCUGUAAUGAUGGGCCCCGAAUGGUGGAUGCGGCAAGUAUUCGAUCAGAUUUAUCAGGAUGGGAUUCGCAAUCUUCGAGCUCGCUUCAUACUGUCGCAGCUUAUCAUCCCAGUAAUACUCUUUCUUAGUUCACUGCUAGCCUUCCCAUAUCUCGUGGCGCGGUUGUACAUAUUUGUAACAGGUGCACCUCUUGAAGAAAGUGUUAUUGUACUGCGAUACUGUUUUCCGAGCAGCUUGAUCAUCCUAUUGGUGGUUAGCUUCUUGCGAUGGCAGCUGAACAAAAUUCAAGGGCUUGCGGAGAACAUUAGGAAUGAGAAGUACCUUGUUGGGACAAGACUGGUAAAUUACGAGCGCAACGGAAUGUCUCAAUCGUCCUCAGAAGCUGCGAUCUCGUCAUGAAGUCACCUCUUUUGCAUAUAGUUCUUGAGAGAUUUCUUCUAAAUAAAUUAUGUCAAAUCGGCAAUACUGGUAGACUCAGUCUUAUCUAUGUUGUUAAAUCUAUAUGCCAUGUAGAAGUGAAAUGAAGUGGAGCGA